AUGCUCUCCAAGAACCUCAUCUCCAUCUUGGCUCUGACCUCUGCCGUCUCCGCCUCUCCCGCUCUUCGUCGUCAAGCUUCGAACACCGACAACUGUGUCGCUAAGAACAAUGCCUGCCGCACCACUCGUGGUGCUGACGGCCUUUCUGCCAACCAGGCUCAAUGCUCUGCCGAUGACGCAGCUUGCAAGGGUGACUGCUAUGCAGCCUACAACGUUUGCAGAGGUACUCGCACUCCCGAUGGCCUUUCAGCCAACCAGGCCGUAUGUGCUUCUGACUACGCUUCCUGCCUCGGCGAGAACCCUGUCGCGUCGACUGGAGGUCUGAUCUCGAGCUUCAUUCCUUACAGCGCUACUGCCUCUUCAUCCGCAGCCGCUGCGACCACAUACGCUUGCAACCCUGCUCACUCGUACCCUGAUGGACAGCAGUGUAUCUCUACCAACGGUGCCUUGACCCUUGUCACAUCUGUCAGCACCAAGGCUUCUUCCACCACCGCUGCUGCCGCCGCCACUUCAUCCGCCGCCGACAACUGUAAGACCAAGGACAACAAGUGCCGCACCACUCGCAUGAAGGAUGGAUCCUCUGCCAACCAGGCUCAGUGCUCUGCCGAGAACGCUCAGUGCCAGGGCGACUGCUAUGCAGCCUACAAUGUUUGCAGAGGUACUCGCACUCCCGAUGGCCUUUCAGCCAACCAGGCCGUAUGUGCUUCUGAAUACGCAUCUUGUCUCGGCGAAAACCCCGUCGCCUCCACCGGCGGUCUGAUCUCUUCAUUCCUCCCCUACAGCGCCACCGCAUCCACCAUGGCCACCUCGACCGCCAAGGCCUCCUCCGCUGCCGCCGCCUCAUCCGCCGCCGUCUCUGCAGCCGCUCCCGGCUCCAACCCCAAGAAGGUUGAUGGCUCCACUUGGACUUUGAACAACGUGAUCCGCUACUGCGCCGACGGCAGCUCCACCUGCGACUACAACUUUGACAUUGUGGCCAACGGCAAGACCGAGCACUGCACCAUCGUCAACGCCAGCAACAAGUCUUUCAACAGCGAGAAGUGUGCGAACGGCGAUUACACUGUCUCGUGGGGAUACGUCGCUGACCCCGCUCCUGCAUUUGCUGUCAUCACUGUUGUUGAUGCUAAGAACGAGUUGGCUUGGUUCGGUGCCAGCAAUGUUGACAGCCAGCGCACCUGGGGUAACCUUGGUCCUGAGCAGGUCUACACUUACAACUAA